UAUUCAUUUAUCCGGACGAUAGGCCCUGCAAUCCCACCGUUCGAAACCAGCGCUUGUUGAGGAUGCCGCACGCAACAGCGUCGUCGGAGCUGCAAGUCCAGUGGGGAUCGUCUGGACUCGUCAUACGUCAUGCUUUUGUGGCAGAGGUGACAAUGCGUCCCGGCAAAGGAUCGUCCAAGUCAAAGAUAUCGUUCUGGGAUGCCAAGAAGAUGUUGGAGACACUUCGUGUUCAAUUCGAUCACGCACGAACGGUGACGAAGUCCAAUCAAGACACGAUGCUUGUUGUCCGCUUGUACUUCUUCAAAGCAGAGGCGUUCAACGGUGCAUUCUCCACUGUGUCUGGGCAACCAAACAGCACCGUGUUCGCCCAGGGCAAUGCCGUCGAGAUCCACAUCUCGGAAGUCGACACGGUGUCACCCUCUUGUCCACUUGCUGUGACCGCGCCUGCAGAUUUUGACCAACACUUGAGAGGCUGUCGCGCUGACACGGUCCACAUCAAGGGGCUCCCGGCAAAAUGGUUUGACGUGAACACGAGCCGGUUCCUCGACGACGACCCUGUGGCUGCCACAAGCACCUACAUGAAAGAAGAGCAUGCUCUGCAUCAACUCUUUAGCACGUUUGGCACCAUAUCGGCGAUCGAGGUCGUUCCAAGUACCACGUCGUCGGACGAUACCGAUGCUGCGUCGGCAAAAUCCACGUCCCUGUUUGACUUGUAUGUCCAGUUUAAGACAUACGAAGGAGUGCGGAAGGUGUUGUCGGCGCUCACUGACGGCGGAAGCCGCGUCCUGUGCCAUACGUCGCAUGUCAAGCUGUUCGUACCCCUUGUAGCUCAAGUUGACACGACUGAGUACCUCAGCGAUGCUAAAAUUCGUCAGCGCAGAUUUGCAAGGGACCAGCGUAUACAUGAACAUCAAGCGAAAGCUGCGGCGGCAAGCGCUGCCGAAAAAGCGAGGCAGGUGUCGGUAGAACAGGCAACGGCAUUGCUUGGGCUGUUGGGUGACGAUCUCGACGAAGUUGCAGACGACGCCAUCAAGUUGUCUGUGGGGCUGACCGAAGUCAAGGCGGCUGCAGCCGCCUACGCCGCGUUAAAGGCGGCGCCGUCAAUGGAACAAGUGGCGACUGUGCGACUGGCGCUGGACACUGUGCGCAAGCAAGUGGAAAAGGCGGUACAAGACAAGGCUGAGAAGGACGCUGCGGCCCAACGAGCCACCUGGGCCAAACAAGUGGACAAGGCAGCGACGGUCGCGCGCGAGUUGAAGCUCGCGAGACUGCACAAGCAAUUGACCCAGGCGAAAGACUCGUUUUCCGAUUACAUCAGCCACGUAGCGGUCGUCGCAGAUGUGGCAGCGGCCGACGAAGCACUCGCCGUGGCCAUGGCAAGUGCUACCAAAACUCCUUCGACAAAAGAUGGAGGCACGUCAACCCUGAACAAAGCCGAAGACGUCCAAGCGUACUUGAAAAAACUGGACGAAGAUGUCGACGAAGCCGUGCAUUCCGUGGAGGCUGUCGUCAGACGGUUGGAAGCAGUUGGUCGGUUCUACGCUCAAUCUGCUGCCAUUGCCAAGUGGCCGACCCCGUCGAAGUGCGCCCUUGACGUGCAAAGCCUGCUGCAAGCAGUUGAAGACGAGGCGUGGGGAGAGAGCACUGAAGACUUGACGCAACGUCUAGACCACUUGGACAAAAUGAUGCAGGCGACGGAAACGCUGCAUAACCUGGAACGCCGUGUCGGCGAGAUUGCCGCGAGACUUCCUUCUACCUCUGCCAAUCCACGCGACGAAGACGACGACGACGACUCUAGAACACGUGCCCUGCAUCUGCUCCACGACACCCUGCGGGACGCGUUGCACAGCGUUGCAAGUCCCGACGAGUUGCCCGAGAUCGAAGCACAGAUCCACCAACUCGACGCAGACGUUGAAGAAUUUCGACAAGAGAAAGCCCAGCGCUUGAAGGAUGCAGCGUCGCUGCCGGCCCAGAUGCAUCGAAUUCGGGCGGCUCGAAUGCGGCUUGCAGCAUGGCGCGAGGACCAGAAGGUGACAACAAAAGAAUAUGCCGUGCAGCGAGUAACCCAGCACCCGGAUCGCCACGCCAGUGAAUCCUCCAAACGUCCGCGGCUGGUCAAGUACGUGGUCGCGUCUCGAGGCCGUUUGGCAAGCACAGUUUGGCUCAAGGACCCCGAGACGGGAGCGAUCAGGGCACCCAAGACAGAAGAGGAGCGGCAGUUGGAAGACAUGGAGGCGUUACGCAUCCAAGUUGUGGAGAGCCAGCGACGGAAGGAGGCGGAGGCAGCAGCUCAGGUUGCGAGGGAGGCCGAGUUGCGCGCGCUUGUUCUACAAAGCAUGAAAGCAUCGAAGCGAACCAAAUUCGCGACGCCGUAGUGCAUGUAGAGCAUAAACUAGUCUCAUUCACCACCUAACUGUGCUACUAGUCAUGCUUGGCCACGG